AAAAAGAGAGAGAGAGGCCAAUAGGUCCUGAAAUAGAGCAUGCUGACCGGUGUGUAGACUGGGGAGAACAGAGGCAAUGUGAUACCAUGCCAGUGUGAGAAAUGCACUCGUGUGGAAAAAAAGGUGGAGAGAAAGCAGCAAAAGCGGAAAACUGUGUGAAAGGGGAGAGAGAAAGAGAGAGAGGGUAGGAGAGGCGUGUCCAGAUUGAGAGGGAAAAUGCUGGUGGUGGUUCGCAAUUCACACACACCCACACACACACUAGUCUCCGCAGUUUCUCUUUGUGCUGUUUCCUUUGAGGAUUCUAAGGAGCUCAGAUUCCAGUGAAGUUUCAAGAAGAUUUAAAGUUAUUUCAAAGUUAUUAGUUUUAUUGUAAGACGCGGUGGACAUGGGCUACAUAAAGGGGCUACUACUUCUACUCGGUGUGAUGUGCACACCGAGCACCUGCACACUUGAGUGCCUCAGAGGGUUCAACAUGGAAGAAGACAUCUGUGUUGAUGUGAAUGAGUGCCAAGAAGCUCCACCACCGUGUGGGCAUCACAUGCAGUGCGUCAACACAGACGGCAGUUAUACGUGCAGUUGCCAGCCGGGCUUCACGCUCAUUGACCAACAGAGUAGCUGGCAGUGCGUAGACUAUAACGAGUGUGAUACCAAGGACAUCUGUGGUCUCAAGGCCUAUUGUAGAAACCUGAUCGGGAGCUACGAAUGCGCCUGCUACGACGGCUACAUGAACACCAACACGAGUGUACAUUGCAUAGAUAUUGAUGAAUGCAAGGAAACUGAAAAAAGAAGAGAAGACAUCUGUGGAAGUAAGGGAGCGUGUAAAAAUACAGAUGGGAGUUAUUGGUGCAAGUGUGCAAAAGGAUACACCAAUUAUGGCAAUGAAAGAACUCCAUGCUCUGAACUUGAUUGUGGAACAUUUGAAGCUGAGAAUGUCACACAGCAUAAUGCAGGCCUGGCGGAUCUUUUGUCCAUGAUGAGAAACAGCUGUGUGGCUCUGUCUAACCCCAAUGCCAGUGGGGAACACACGGCUAAUGGAGAUGCGCUACUGGAGAAACUCUUAACGGCGUCAGAGAACAUCCUGUCAUCGGUGGACAUGGACGCCACUGAAGACGUGUAUGAGCUGCUCAGCACAGUGGAGAACGCCAUCAGACUCAUCGGCCCACAGCUCAAAGGCAACCUUACCAAGAUGGAUUCCACUGAGACAGAUGUGGCGAUUGCAGUACAGAGAGGAAGUUCUCCACCCACUGGACCAUUUUAUCUGAAGACUGAAAACGCAACGCUCAACACUGAUUGGAAAACAGCAGCAGGAACUGAAACUUAUCCAGGCUUUGCUAUGGCGGCCUUGUUAAGCUACAAGAACCUGGAGAGAUCUGUAAACCGCUCCUUUGACCAGCUCCAAGGUUUCGAAAAAGAUGGCACUGAACCGACUUUCAAAAUCUUCUCCCGAGUAGUGUCAGUUGUGGUGUCCAAUCCAUCCACUCAGAACCUGAGCCACCCGGUCGUCCUCACGCUCAGACAUCUCCAGGACCAAUCUGAGGCGAGUUACAUCUGUGUAUACUGGAAUGACCGAGGCGCCUGGUCCACAGAUGGUUGCCAUCGACAACGCUCCAAUGCUACUCACACUGUGUGUCAAUGUGAACAUCUCAGCAGCUUUGCCGUGCUGAUGGCUCUCUAUCCUGUGGAUCAAAACUUUGCACUCCUGUUGAUAACGAAGACAGGCUUGAUCGUGUCCCUGCUUUGUCUGAGCAUUUGCAUUCUGACGUUCAAGUUUUGCCGCUCUAUUCAUGGGACCCGUACAACCAUCCAUCUGCAUCUCUGUAUCUGCCUCUUCAUCGCUGACCUCAUCUUCCUGGCUGGCAUUUCCCAAACAAAACCCGAGGGCGGCUGCAGGUUUAUUGCUGCCAUGCUCCAUUUUUUCUUCUUGGGAGUGUUUGCAUGGAUGCUACUAGAGGGUGUGCAGCUGUAUCGGAUGGUGGUACUGGUCUUCAACGUCACCAUCAGGCCCCUCUACUUAUUCCUCUUCGGCUACGGGACACCCUUGGUUAUCGUCAUAGUGUCUGCCAUCAUCAGACCCAAGGGAUACGGCACUAAGGAUCUCUGCUGGCUGUCCCUUGAAGACGGCCUCAUCUGGAGCUUCUAUGGUCCCGUGUGCGUCAUCAUCUUCCUCAAUGUCUUCUUUUUCAUCGUCACUGUUUGGAAGCUGGCCCAGAAGUUUUCCAGCCUCAACCCCGACCUCAGCAAGCUGAACAAAAUAAAAACCUUCACGGUUACAGCCAUAGCCCAGAUGUGCAUUCUGGGACUCAUGUGGGUGUUUGGAGCCUUUCUUUUUAAGAAGGGCCACAUUGUGGCAGAAUACUUCUUCACCAUCUUGAACAGCUUCCAGGGAGCUCUGGUCUUCAUCAUGCACUGCCUUCUAUCCAAGCAGGUGAGAGAGGAGUACUACAACUUUCUAUCCUGCAUAUGCACGCAGAAUAAAAAGAGAUACUCUGACUUCAGUAGUACACAUCCUUCCAAUAGCCAAUCACAAGGUUCUCGGAGUGGGCAGAACACCAGAGAAUCCCAAAUAUGAGUAUUUCCCUGUAUUAGAUUGUAAAUAAUUGAUGGAUUUUAAUUGAGCCGAGUCAUCCUGAUGGUGCAUUCAGGUACCACGAUAGUGUUUGUCAUGUCAUAAAGUUAAAUUCAGAGUGGCCAAUGCAGCCAAUCCACCAGUAGACGUAGGAUUAUGAAAAAUUUCAUCUUGAACAUAUCUUUAACAUCAUAUAAGCUAUAUUACGUAGUGUGAUAGUGACUAUUUAUUAAGUACAAACAUUAGAUGUUUUCAUGGGAGACUUUUCCUAGUACAACAAUGGGAAAUAUCUUAAGGGUCCCUUAGAGAAGAUAGCCUCCCUGCACUGUAUCAAACCAUAUGAGUUGAUUACAUUGUGGACAAAACAUAAUUUAUAAAAUACCUUAAGUGUGGUGAUCCCACAACUCCAUAAGGUAGUAAACAAAAUACGUAUCUUAAAUCUCUUUUGGCUCAUUUUGGGGAUGGGCCGAACACCACUUUUUCAUAUCCAUUACCGAUGGCCACCAUGGACGAUACUGCACAGUCUCCCGAGUUAAAUUCCUCGUGUGGUAAACGAACUUGGCCAAAAAAGCCGAUUCUAAUUCCGCUGCUUUUUGUAUUUACUGAUACUGAUACCAAUCCAACACCUUCUUUUCUCCUUGCAUGUUAUCAAACAAGAUUUGAAUGCAUGUAUUUUGGUCAAAAUACAUGUUUUAAAACACCAUGUUCAAACUGGGCAACAAAUAUAUCUAAUUCUGUUGGAUUGUUUGAUAUUUGCUACAGUAGUACCUCAACUUAUGAAUGAAUCAGAAUUAAUUUAAGUUGCCCCCCAAAACAGCUCGAUUUUAACAUGUAACAUGCCGUUUAAAAAUUAAAACAAUCUUUUGAUUUCAGAUGGUAACACCUAAGUAUGGGAAACACAUACUGACAUUAAUUAGUUGCUUGUUAACAUGCAAAUUAGUAACAUAUUGGCUCUUAGUUAGUCAUUAAGUACUUAUUAAUGCCUUAUUCUGCAUGGCCUUAUUAUACAACCAGUAAGCCAUUAACUAAGAGUCUUUCCUCAAUAACUUCAGAAUGAUUGCUUAUUAGUAACCUUAACCCUUAUGUUCCCCUAGUGUCCAAAUAACCCUAAAUUAAGUCUUUGUUACUUUAACAAGCAACUAAAUAAUGGUGAAUAUGUUCCCCAUACUAAAGUGUUACCGAAAUAUUUUAUAUAAACUAUACAAGAGAAUGUACUACUAACAACUAGAGUAGUUUUGUCAAGUAAUGUAGUCAUACAACAUUUACCUAGGAGAGUGGACUUCUACGGUAUUUCCUUCCAGCUGCUUCUUAGUCAAACACACCAUCAGCAGAUAGCAUUUACACUCAUUCUGCUACUGUUAGGUGCAGACUGUCAGUGAUACGCUCGAACUGCGCUGUCAAGUGUUUUUUUUUUUUCUUUAAUUCAACGAAUAUCAUCCACUUCUUCUCAGCGCUGUCAUUCACAAUUACUUUCUUUGUUCCAAUUUUCAGAAAACUCAGGCUAUAAGCUAAUGCUAGCCAGUAAGAUCAGAUAUUUUGCGCGGACAUUUGCUACACCAGCUCAAGGCGGGGGUGCUUGUCACGCAAAUUUUUGCUUGCAACUUAAAGCACAACAACAAGCCGGUUGAAAACUCUUACUUUAAAACACUCUAAAGCUGGAGCACUCUUAAAUUGAGGUACCACUGCAUUCUAUAAAAAAUAUCUGUAGAUAGAUUUUAAUCAAUUCAAUUUCCCACAAUAUGAUUCAAAUCAUGCACAAAGUUUAUAGUAGCAUUUUUAAUGGUUGCCAGACACAGCAGUACCAUUCAAUAAAAGUGACUAAAGAAAAAAUAUUUGCAAAAGUCAAAUCUGAGGCGAAGGACAAAGGAAUUUGAAUUCCAGUGACCUGAAAUACCUUACAUUUAAAAGGGCCUACACUUGAACAGCAAUAACACAGCAAAAUAAAGCAAGGCAAGUUUAUUUAUAUAGCACCACUUGUACACAAAAAUUAAAAAGGCAAAAAUAAUCAAUAAAAUUAUCGUAAGUCGAAUGAAAAUCAGGAAAUCAUCAUAAAACAAUCAUAAUUGAAAAAAUACAAUUAUUUCAGUUCUCAUAUGCACAAUAAAUAGAAAAUUUUUCAACCUGGAUUUUUCAAACAUUGCCAAAGUUGAGGCCCGUCUCACAACUGCAGGGAGACUAUUGUAGAUUUUAGGAACAUAAAACUGAAAUGCAGCCUCACCAUGUUUGGUCCUGACUCUCGGCACCAGCGGGAGACCACUCCCUGAGGUUUCUCAGUGGCCCACAUGGUUCAUAUGGUUCUAACAUGUCAGAGAUGUACUUUGGCACUAGAUCAGGGAAAUACUUCUACACAAGGAGAGCUGUUUUAAAGUCUAUUCUCUGAGCAAAAGGAAGCCACUGCAGUGACCUAAGCACUGGACUAAGAUGUUUGUAUAUCCUGGUUCUAGGCAGGACUCGAGCAGCAGCAUUGGGAUAUACUGUAGCUUCCUUACAGCUCGUUUAGAGAGCCCAGUAAGAAGACAAUUAUUGUAGUCAAACCUGCUGGAGACAAAGGCAUGGAUUAGUCUUUCUAAGUCUGAUUUAGACAUAAUUCUUCUGAUUUUAGCAAUGUUUUUCAGUUGGUUAUAAGCUACUGAUGGUAUUGACUUAAAGGCCUACUGAAAUGAGAUUUUCUUAUUCAAACGGGGAUAGCAGGUCCAUUCUAUGUGUCAUACUUGAUCAUUUCGCGAUAUUGCCAUUAUUUUGCUGAAAGGUUUUGGUAGAGAACAUCGACAAUAAAGUUCGCAACUUUUGGUCGCUAAUAAAAAAGCCUUGCCUGUAAAGGAAGUAGCAGACGAUGCGCGCGUGACGUCACGGGUUGUGGAGCUCCUCACAUCUGAACAUUGUUUACAAUCAUGGCCACCAGCAGCAAGAGCGAUUCGGACCGAGAAAGCGACGAUUUCCCCAUUAAUUUGAGCAAGGAUGAAAGAUUUGUGGAUGAGGAAAGUGAGAGUGAAGGACUAGAAAAACACACAAAAAAAGACUAUACAGUGGGAGCGAUUCAGAUGUCAUUAAACAAAUUUACUAGGAUAAUUCGGGAAAAUCCCUUAUCUUCUUAUUGUGUUACUAUGUUUUAGUGAGAUCAUAUGGUCGUACCUGUACAACCUGAAGGCCGGCCCCGCACCUUUCUUCAGCACCAGUCAACGGGUGGUGGCGAUGCCCAUCUCUGCCCUUCGCAAGGGACUCUCUUCGAAACACGAUCUUUCGAAAUGGUUGCUGCAUAAUACACUGUACUUUGUGUGUGUGGUCCAAUCUAACCGUGUUCCCUUGACCGCUCAGUUCCAUAGUAAAGCUUCACCGUCAUCUUUCGGGAAUGUAAACAAUGAAACACCGGCUGUGUUUGUGUUGCUAAAGGCGGCCGCAAUACACCGCUUCCCACCUACAGCUUUCUUCUUUGACGUCUCCAUUAUUCAUUGAACAAAUUGCAAAAGAUUCAGCAACACAAAUGUCCAUAAUGCUGUGGAAUUAUGCGAUGAAAAGAGACAACUUAUACCUGUGAACUGUGCUGGAACAAAAUGUCCUCUACAAUGCGUGACGUUGCGCACACGCGUCAUCAUACCGCAACGCUUUAGCAUGAUACUUCCGCGCGAAAUUUAAAAUUGUAAUUUAGUAAACUGAACCGGCCGUAUUGGCAUGUGUUGCAAUGUUAAUAUUUCAUCAUUGAUAUAUAAACUAUCAGACUGCGUGAUCGGUGGUAGUGGGUUUCAGUAGGCCUUUAAUGUGGCUGUUAAGAAGGUGCUGCAGUGUUGACCAUAACUUCAAUCAUUGAUUAUAAACUUACAAUUAGUAGCGUAUCCACUUCAAAAUAUACAUUAGGACAAGGUACCUGCCCAGUAUCGGACCAUCCCUAUAGUUUUUUUGCUAGGAGUGCACUUUCUAUAUGUGUGCAUCUUCGUUUCUGAAACAAAUGAGGCCCAAAAAGGUAUUUUGGAAGUUUGAAAACUGUCUAUCUGUGCACAUUCCUGUGAUCAAAAUGUAUUUGUGGAUUAAAACCCCAAGUUAAUGUUCGUUUUUUGUAAAAGCUGCUCUCCGCUUUGCGUGAAAGUUACUGCAAGGUUUCAAUCCUGUUUUAAUCGUAUUGUCGCACUUUUCCUUUUUUUUUUUUUUUUUUCCCAGAAACAAGCUUCAUUGUUUGCUUUUUUGUGACUUGAAUACGCUCUUCUUCCUAUAGAACUUGAUGUGAAGUAAUUUAUAGAGCUGAAUCCUACAGUAGGAUGUCAGAGUGUCCCACUAGAAGACGACAAGGACAAUCUUUUGGUGUAAAAGUCCUGUAUGUUUGUUUACAUUUCAAUCUUGUCAUGCUGUCUUUGACAAAAUAACUGUUCUUUAGUACGAAGUUUAGCUGCAUUUAUUUUCUAUAAUUCUUUUGUGUUUUUUUUUUUUUGGGGGAAUCUGGUGAAUGUAAUAUUUUGACUAUUGACUAGUGAAGGUAUAUAAACAUAUUUUUCUACUUUGUUGUUUUUCUACUGUUUUCUUGAAAGAUUAUGCACCAGAUGUUUUAUUAAAGUUUCUAUCAUUA